AGCAUAAGCUUGGUUCUGACUGGCUCCUGUGGGGUCAGCAGAAUAGGCAGCCUCUCCAAAUGGGUACUGAUCCACAGUUCUGUCAGAGUACACCCUCAUCUCAAAGUCGCUUUCAUGGUGUGAGGGGUGUCCAUAAAUUCCUAUCCCCACCGGGCGCUGGAAGUGCGCCGGUAUAGAGACCACAUCCUGGCCGCAAGUGACCGACUGCAGCUCAUAGUCGUCAAAGCUUGGGUGCAGAGUGGUGUCGGACACGUACAGGUCCGCAUCCCCUCUGAGGCUCUGCAUCUUGAGAAUAAUUUUACCCUCGUGGUUCAACCGCAAGUAGCUGUAAUUCCCGGCUCCUAUCUGGCCUUGGACCACGUGCAGAAGGAGCCACUCCUCCGGGACGUCGUCCUCUUCCAAGCAUUUUACCAGGGUCACCACCUGGGACGCCAGGAUCAUCAACAGGGCGCACCUCCAGGGAGUAGCCAUUGCCGAGACACUCAACUCGGGGACUCCCUCAUCUGCAGCCGCUGCGCUGGGAAGGCGCGGGUGACAGGCUUGGCCAGGGGUGCUCGUCCAGGCGACCAAGAUGCGUGCAGCUGGGUCCCGGGCACCGAGAGUGGGGAAGGAGGUGGAGAGAAGGGGUAAAGAGUAGGGAGCGGCAGAAAGGAGAGGAGGAGGCGGGGCGGGAAGAGAGGGGCGGUAGGACAGGGCCCUGGGAGCACAGGUGUCUGGAGAGGAGCGGGGUUGCCGACCCCGGACUCACCGCCACGCCCCGCAGGCCACGCAGCACCCGCAGCAUCCGGCCUCAACCUGGAACUCGCCCCAGCAGGAAGAAGAGAAGCCGUGCCCGGAAGUGUGGUACGCCGGAAGCGAGGACUUUCGGGAACGGACUUAGGCCUACGGACCGGAAGUGAAGCAACGCCAUGCUCUCGCGAGAGUAGAGAAAAGGCGCUUAGCGUCAAGGGUCCGCUUUUUCGUAACCAUAGUGAUGCGAAGACGCUAGCGGCCAGCUGCGGAGACGGCGCGGGAGGCGGCCAGAGGCCGCGGUGUGGCGUUGGCGCCUGUGUCCGCGACGUCUUCCGGCGACAGGCUCCUGCGAGGGGACGGCCCACUCCGACUGAUAAUGGGCACAGUUCCAGAGAUGCCCUCCACUGAUGCCCACUCUGGUGAUAUAGUUGCAGAAAGAUACCUGGUCGAGUCUAAGAAGUCCACAGCUCACGUUCCACUUGCUUGCAGCACACAGUACUGUGCUUUUCCUUUAGAUGGGAACCAUCUCUGUGUGUGGAGCCCCAGGGACCCUUCUCACCAGCUUCUUACCUUACAAGGACACCAUCAGCUGAUUACUGCUGUGGUUUUUGGGAAUCAAAUAGAUCCACUUCAACUCUGCUCUGCCUCCCAGGAUUGUAUUAUAAUGUGGAAUGUGGACGAAUGCAGAGAGAAGACACGCAAAGGGGUGACUCCUCGAGGGACUGUCCUGGGCUCCCUCUCACAAACAGUGCUGUGUUUGAGACUUAGUCCAGACGACCGUGCUGCUGCAGUGUGUGCUGGAAACAACAUAUCCGUCAUAGAUGUGGAGAAGCAGUCUGUGCUGGUGGAGCUGCAGGGACAUCAAGGCUCAGUGACAGCUGUGGAGUUCUGUCCCUGGCAAGCACACAUCCUCAUCUCAGUGUCUGAAGACAGAACUUUUAAGGUCUGGGACUAUUGUGUGGGAUCCUCGAUAUACAACUCAUCCAUUUUAACAGCUUACCCUCUCCUGAGUUUGCUUAUCUGUGAAGAAAACAGACAGCUGGUCACUGGCAGUGCGGAUAGCCAGCUGUGGAUAUUUAGUUUGAUGGAGAGACACCACUAUCACUGUGUGGCACAUGUGGACCUGAGGAAGAAGAGUGAGACUUUGUCCACUCGAAGAGUGAUGGCCAGGCAGUCCAGCCUUCCAGAAGACAGUCGAUACCACUCCACACAUGAAGUGGAUAAAAGGGAAGAAGCUGAAGCCACAUUCCCUGUCCUGAGCCUGGCACACUGUGACCUCUGCCUGCCGGACUCGCAGAAUGGAGCGUGCGGCUGUUUUUCCUCUGAGUGCACCAAAUGUCUGUGGAUUGGAAGCUCAACAGCUUUAUUCGUAUUUAACCCGGCAAGCGUUGAAUUAGAAGCUGCUUUACAUUUUAAGGAAUUUCAGAGCCUGAGUGUCCAAGUCGCUGGGUCCUGUGCAGUGGCGAGUAAGGCCAUGAGCCCCAAGGCAUUGUGCAUGCUUUCAUCCAUGUUCGGAAACAAGAUUGCCGUGUUGGAAGUCAGCCUGGCUGCUCUGCUGCGCUCCCAGCGGUGCCCCGGUGCUGGGGGAACGCUUUCCGUGCUGCCAAGCUCCUGUGCCCAACCAACCUCUCCACUGUAUUUUGGAGUUGUUAAGAAAAGCCUUCCUAAGCCUGCUAAUAGCAAACGACAUGCUGUGAGGAGUGUCAUAGAGGACCGGCCCCUGGUUUUCCACAAUAAAAUCAGGUCAUCUGGUUAUACAUCGGCACCGCAUGGGACUAUGUUUUCCCCUAAGACCAACAUCAAGCGUAAUAACAAAAGAACUUCCAAAUGCAAGAGCAAUCGCAAGUGUAAGGAAUACUCUUUGGAGAAUUUCCUACCCAGAAAUCUCAGCAGGCAGGUUGCGGUGGCCCAGGAGCCUGUUGCUGUGAGCUGUCUGCAGUACUCAGGGGAUGGACAACGGUUGGCCUGUGGCUUAGCUAACCAUCUUUCCCUGGUCUUUGAUGCUAGCCUUUCUGGAACACCUGCUGCUUUUUCAGGUCAUGAUGGAGCUGUGAGCACCGUCUGCUGGAGCCACGACAAGAGAUGGCUGCUGUCUACAGGCCGGGACCGGACACUGAGGGUGUGGUCAGUUCACAGGACAGAACUCAUGCUGCUUUUGGGUCCAGAGUCUCUCCCCAAGCCAAUAACGUCUGCACAGUUCUACUACAUGGAUGCUUUCCUACUGCUGUCUUCUGGUCCUGAACUUUGGCUCCUAAAGUACCACAUUGACCUCUGCAGGGAUGACAUGCGGAGGUAUAAACCCAAAAGCAGGUAUAAACCUGUUUUCAGGCUCCCUUUAACCAGUGGGGCGGACAUGACCACCCUGUCUGCAGUGAACGACUUUUAUUCCCACAUCGUACUCACAGCCGGCCGGGACCGGGCUGUGGAAGUUUUUGACCUCAAUGUUGGCCGCAGUGCUGCGGUGAUAGCUGAAGUCCAUUCACGGCCUGCCCAUCAAAUUUGUCAGAAUAAAGGAUCAUCAUUUGCCGCCCAGCAGUCCCUGGCGUAUAACCUUUUCCUGACCACAGCUACCGGCGAUGGGGUUCGGCUGUGGGACUUGAGGACUCUGAGGUGUGUGCGCUGCUUUGAAGGGCAUCCACACCGCUGCUACCCUUGCGGAGUUGCGUUCAGUCCUUGCGGAAGGCUCGUGGGCUGUGGUGCAGAGGACAGACAUGCCUACGUGUAUGAAAUGGGCUCCAGCGGCUUCCUCUACCGUCUCGCAGGACACACAGACACAGUCACCGAGGUGGCCUUCAACCCAGCAGCUCCUCAGCUUGCCACUGCCACCUUGGAUGGGAAACUUCAGCUAUUUGUGGCUGAGUGACUGCUGGCCUGAUGGCAAGACUACAGGAAGAAAUGAAAGAAUUCAUGACUUGCCACUGAGGCAGAUGGGGCAGUUUUUGUAGGGGGCCCUUGCUGGA